CAUUUUGAUAUCUUAUCGUCAACCUCUGCCAACUGAACUGAAUCCAUUCCCCCCCCACCCCACCCCCACGCCAUUAUUACUAUGAAGCUAACUGGAAGAAGCUGAGCUAAUUUAAAAAUGGCCUUGUCGACGGCGAAAUUUACAGAAUUGCCACCACACUUGUUCUCUACCUUCUCUUCCCGUUCUUUCCGACCUCCAUUCACUCUUUUCCUUCAACCCUUCGUAUCCCUCCGCCGUACCAUCACCGCCGGCAGCACCAGAACCAACAUUUCCCGGAAGGAUCACCGGAAACCUUAUAGAGAGUCAAAUUACAGUUCUACCCCCGGGAAAUCAAAUCGCUCGCACUCUUCUACUUGGUUAAACAAAUGGCCGAAUACAUCGCCUCCAAUAGAACAAUUAUCGAAUUUGAGAACCGUUGAUUCCAAAACGGAAACUAGAAUUUUUGAUGAGAAUACUAGAGUAGGGACUACAGCGAUUGAUAGGAUUGUACUCAGGUUGAGAAACUUAGGAUUAGGUUCUGACGAUGAAGAAGAAGAGGAGGGAAAUUUGGAGUUGGAUUCUAGUUCGAUGAUGCGGGGUAGCAGUGAAGAAGAGAAGCUAGGUGAUUUGUUGAAGAGAGAUUGGGUUAGACCGGAUAUGAUAUUGGAAGAGAGUGAUGAUGAGGGAGAUACAUUGUUGCCAUGGGAGCGGAGCACGGAGGAGGAGGUGGUGGAGGAUCAGAGGGGAGGGAGGAAGAGGACAGUGAAGGCGCCGACAUUGGCUGAGCUAACGAUUGAGGAUGAAGAAUUGAGGAGGCUGAGGAGAAUGGGUAUGACUUUGAGAGAAAGGAUUAAUGUACCUAAGGCUGGGGUUACAGGAGCAGUGUUGGAGAAGAUUCAUCAUACAUGGAGGAAGAAUGAGCUGGUUCGGCUAAAGUUUCACGAGGUUUUGGCUCAUGAUAUGAGAACCGGCCACGAGAUUGUAGAGCGUCGCACUGGUGGGCUUGUAAUAUGGAGGGCAGGAAGCGUUAUGGUGGUGUAUCGAGGAAGUAACUAUGAGGGGCCUUCUUCAAGAUCUCAAUUUGUGAAUGAGGAAGCCAAUGCUCUCUUUGUUCCAGAUGUUUCAUCUGACAAACCUAUUUCAAAAGACAGCAAGAGCUUCAAUCCAGUUAUUGAAAAUCGUAGUCAAGUUCAUCCUAACCGUGUCCUAAACAUGACUGAGGAGGAAGCAGAAUUCAAUAGGGUAUUAGAUGGUUUAGGCCCACGUUUUGAGGAUUGGUGGGGUACGGGGGUACUUCCUGUUGAUGCUGAUUUGCUCCCUCAGACAAUUCCAGGCUAUAAAACGCCUUUCCGACUUCUUCCUACCGGAAUGAGAUCACGCUUGACAAAUGCAGAAAUGACGAAUCUCCGGAAAAUUGCUAAAUCACUUCCUUGCCAUUUUGCUCUUGGGAGAAACAGAAAUCAUCAAGGGUUGGCUGCUGCUAUAAUCAAGCUCUGGGAGAAAAGUCUAGUUGUCAAAAUUGCAGUCAAGCGUGGAAUUCAGAACACAAACAACAAGCUGAUGGCAGAGGAGUUAAAGAUAUUAACCGGGGGAGUCCUACUUUUGAGAAACAAAUAUUACAUAAUCUUUUAUCGAGGAAAGGAUUUUGUCCCACCUACUGUUGCGGCUGCUUUAGCCGAAAGGCAAGAGUUGACAAAACAGAUCCAAGAUGUUGAAGAAAAAACACGGAGCGGGCCCGCUGAAGUGGCACCAUCGACUACAGAUGGACAGGCUGUUGCCGGUACUUUAGCAGAAUUUUAUGAGGCUCAGGCUCGGUGGGGGAGAGAAAUAUCUGCUGAAGAACGUGAGAGAAUGUUAAAAGAAGCAGCUAUGGCUAAGACAGCCAGAGUAGUCAAGCGGCUUGAACAUAAAUAUGAGAUUUCCCAGGCCAAGAAGCUUAAAGCAGAGAAACUUUUAGCUAAGAUUGUGGAAUCCUGGAUUCCUGCUGGUCCUUCUGAUGACCUGGAAACAAUAACAGAGGAGGAAAGGGUCAUGUUGCGUAAAGUUGGAUUAAGAAUGAAGUCAUACCUGCCACUUGGUAUUCGUGGUGUCUUUGAUGGUGUUAUUGAGAACAUGCAUCUGCAUUGGAAACAUAGGGAACUUGUGAAGUUAAUAUCAAAAGAAAAGGAACUUGCUUUCGUUGAAGAAACAGCUAGACUAUUGGAAUAUGAAAGUGGCGGGAUUUUAGUGGCAAUAGAAAGAGUGCCAAAAGGUUAUGCUCUUAUUUUCUACCGUGGGAAGAACUAUAGGCGGCCUAUCAGCCUCAGGCCAAGGAACCUUCUGACAAAAGCAAAAGCACUAAAACGUAGAGUGGCGCUGCAGCGUUACGAGGCUCUCAGUCAGCAUAUAUCAGAGUUGGAGACAACGAUAGAGCAAACGAAAAGGGAAAUUGGUGAUUUUGGUAAGACAGACAUUAAUACCAGCAAUUUGGAGGUGCUUGAUCAGUUCAAUCAGCUCUCAGAAUCCCAAAGUGAAGAUGCAGAUUCAUGGUUAGGGUCUGAUGAUGACGGGGAUGAAGAUCUUGAAUGGGAGAACGAUGAUGAUUCAGAACACUCCAGUCUCGAGGACAACGAAACAGGAUAACAAUACUUCAUGGCUUAUACUUUAUGUGGAAUUGCAUUAUAUUAUGGCCAUAAUCCAAUUGAGCCACAACAAUCAUCUUUCUGAGGUUUUGGAUCAUAAUUUGAGGUUAAAGAUCUCUACUUAUGGCAUUGAUGGAGCCUUUGGAUCACUGGUCGAUUCAAAUUAUGGAAGGGCUUUCACGUUCAUCCAAGCUCAGUUUAUUCCAAUGAAAGAAUGAACUUGGCCCAAAUUUUGUACAUGGAAGAAUUAACUGGAGUACUCGUCUUCUGGAGCUCACACUUUACUAUCAACUGCUAGUACUUUGGUCCUUUGGUGAACAUUGUAAUUAGUGUAGAUGUACUUGCUUUGUCAAUCAUCCUAUAUUCCAGUUUUUGUAAUUUCUUUGUUCAAUUAUAGAGUGAAUGUUGUCAAGGAUGAAUGACACAUCCAAGGAGGAAAACUGAAAGAUAACAUGAAUAAGUUUAAAUUUUAAAGUUAACUAAGUAGAAGUGAAUAUUUAUGAUUCCA